AUGCCCCGCGCUCCCAAGUCUCAGUCGCAGGACAUCAAGCCCAAGCCGUACGACCUCGGCGAGGGAUCCAACUCUCACUCCCACGCGGCCUCCUCGGACGAGUACGACACCAAGCCCUACAUCAAGUCGCGCACCCAGAAGGCUCCCGGUCGUACGUGGAUGGGUGACGAGCUCGUUACUCUCUUUGAGAUUGCGCUCGGCAAGGGACCCCCCAAGACUGCGUUUGAAGGCGCCCUGCCCGACCGCUCGGCCCUCCAGGCCCACAAGACCUGGCAGAACACUAUCGUUCCGUUCAUCAAGAAGGCUCUCCAGGAGAAGGGCGACGGCAACACCAAGUCUCGCUAG